AGGUACUGCAUCAAUGACCUUGUGCUAGUUCGAUCUGCCGCGGACCACCUGUUUAAUCAUCUCAAUUUUGCCAAAACUGACCUUAGCUCUGUGGUCAGCGCAGUAUGCGGCGGGGCACACCUUCUCACAAUACUACGGGGCAGCUUCCUGUCACACUUCAGUAGCAGAACAAUGACAGAAGGCAUGCCCACAAGUUUCUACUCACGAACAUCGUCGCUGACUGCACUACAUAACGUCCUGCAUGUCGAAGCUGGUUAGCCCUAGACUGCAUCGGCCCGGUCAAAGAAUUGCUAAGCUGACGUGUACCCAGACUUUCGGUGUAGUCCGCAGGCCCGUCAACUGUCUGUUCGGCCUGAAGGUAAUGUACUUGACCUGCGAUAUUAAAUGCUCCAAUGGCAAAGCUCGCACGGUGCGCGAGGACGGCUCGGAGGUGGACAUCGACGAGCUUGGGGAGCUGUGAAUCAAGACGCUUAUCUUGACGCAGGACUACUACGGGAACGAGAAGGCAGCGCGGAAGACGUUCUUCGGCUAGCCAAGGACGGGAAACCAGAUGCGUAUCGACAAGGGCGGGUUCUUGCAGUACGUCUC